AAAAGUAAAUUUAUUUUUAAUUUGAACCAAAUAUAUUUUACACUAAAAAGUGCCGCAUAUGGUUGGCAAUUCCAAACAUAUUUCUAUUGUGACCUGUGUCACAAAAAAGAAGCAGCAUACGCCGAAAUCAUUUUGUAAACAAAAGUUCAACAAUUCGACAUCAAUUAAAGAAAAUAGUAACAUAAACUAUUUAAAAUGGAUAAAGCUGAUUCCGCGCAAUCUUCUAAUCCGCGCCGCAAGAUACUGUGCUUGGCGGUAUCACAAAUUUUAAUGGAAAAAGGUUUUGACAGCGUUGACAAGGAGUGCCUGGAAACGCUUACUGAGAUGCUACAAAGCUUACUUGUGGAGGUUGGGCAAUCAGCACGAAGUUUCUGUGAACUUUCCGGACGUACCAUACCAGUAAUAGGUGAUGUGAUUGUAUCACUUGUCAAUAUGGGCAUAUCUAUGCAGGGCAUUGAAGCUUUUGCAAAACGCGACGGUCGCCAGAUAAUACCAAUGCCGUCACAAGCAUCACAACAAAAGCAAUUAAAUCUACUACAAGCGGGCACGAAAUCUUCACAUCCACCACAUGUGCCGAACUAUUUGCCCUCUUUACCUGAUCCACACGCGUAUGUGCGAACGCCGACACACAAACAACCUGUCACCGAGUACGAAGCUAUACGUGAAAAGGCAGCUACACAAAAACGUGAUGUUGAAAAGGCGCUAACAAAAUUUCUUUCGAAGACAUCCGAAACGCACAGUCUUUUCGAUAAUGAAGACAACAUGUUUCCUUUAAUUGCCUGCAAACCCGCAUUCCCACCAUAUCUGGCCGCAUUGAAUCCAACAGAUCAAGUAUUUGAUUUUGAAGAAUUGGAGUAUCACUACUUGGUGGCAAACCGUACAGAGGAUGUAACAUCCAAGGAUGAAAAUGACGAAAAUGAAAGCGGCGCUGAAGAUGAUGGUGAUGGCGAAAUGAAAGCCGAGACAAAAAGUGAAAAGGAUGUGAAGCCCGAAAAUGACAUUAAACCUAAUUCCACCACUAAUAAGGCGAUUUUAGAGAAUCCGAAUAUAGAUAAUCCAUAUCUGAGGGCAGCAACACUGCCUAAACGCGCAAAACCAGAUCCCGCAUUGCUUGUCGCCGCUGCAACUGCUUCAUCUACAAGUAGUGGAAACUAA